AUGGUGCAAGGUUUCCGACAAUGGCAUAAAAAGUCACCUUUUUCUUUAUUGGGUUAUCAUACUACCAUUUGGACUUCAGUAAGUGCAACUCUUUACUCACUGGUAUAUGGAACUGAAGUAGUUAUACUUGUAGAGAUUGUGAUUCCUUCUCUUCGAGUAGUUGUGAAAGACAAAAUUGAUGAUGAUCAGUGGGUUAAAAAUCGAUUGGAGCAAUUAAGCUUGAUUGAUGAAAAAAGAUUGAUAUCGAUUGAAGCCAAAGGUAAAUUCUUCCCUAAUUGGCAAGGUCCAUUUUGGGUAAAAAGAGUGUUACCGAAUGGUGCAUUAUAUUUGACUGAUAUAGCCAGCAAAAUGGAAGAAAUGAUUGUCAAUGCUAAUGCAGUUAAAGGAUAUUAUGUAUGA